GCCCCCGGCGGCGGCGGGCGGCGCUGCGGUUGGGCGGCGGCGCUGCCGCUCAGCGCGGGGUCGGGGGUCAGAGUGCGGGCGUUUCAGAUGCCUCUGGAUGUUCAAUGAUAGCACUUCUCCAUACUGGAGCAGCAAAGUUUCCCCCAAACUUACUUUCAAGGUCAAGACAAGCUGUGUCCCCGCUCUUCCCAGCUGGUGUUCUCGAAGGGUUCCGCUCCAUCGUAAGCAGGAAACUGGCGUCCCACGGCUUUGGAGCUUCCAUGGCAGCAAUGUCAUCCUUCCCUCCACAGAGAUAUCACUACUUCUUAGUGCUGGAUUUUGAGGCUACAUGUGAUAAACCGCAGAUUCAUCCUCAGGAAAUCAUCGAAUUCCCUAUCCUGAAGCUGAAUGGCAGGACGAUGGAGAUCGAAUCCACCUUUCACAUGUAUGUUCAGCCUGUGGUGCAUCCCCAGCUUACGCCCUUCUGUACAGAGCUGACUGGGAUUAUUCAAGGCAUGGUGGAUGGGCAGCCGAGCCUCCAGCAAGUGCUUGAGAGGGUUGACGAGUGGAUGGCAAAGGAAGGCCUCUUAGAUCCCAGCGUCAAGUCGAUUUUUGUGACCUGUGGAGACUGGGAUUUGAAAGUGAUGUUACCAGGACAAUGCCAGUAUUUAGGGCUGCCGGUUGCUGAUUACUUCAAACAGUGGAUUAAUCUGAAAAAGGUUUCCGUGCUUGAACUCUGCCUGCAGCUCAAGGAUUGAAUCUAUCAAAGUGGCUUUUAUAAGAACUGGCUGAAAAGUCUACAGAUAUGAUCCACAUUUGUUUAGAAAACAACCCAUCUUUUGCCCUUGUUUGGGCAUAAACUUCUCUUAUUUUGUGGCCUGCUGGGGAGGGCAGCUCUCAUCACUCCGAAGCAUGAGCCCAACCAGGGUCUAUCCCACAAUGGCUGGUUUUCCCAGUUUCCUAGGCACUGUAUCCUACAGACCAGGAUCAUUUGCUCCUUGGGUGCUCUGACAUGAGUGCUGCUGCCAUCUUUUUAUAGGGUACCAAAGCUCCUGAGCAAAUGGCCAUUCCUAAGCUUGCUCAGUACCCAUCAAGCUCUCAGCAGUCCCUUCUGGGUGUCAGUAGGUGUGGUAGGGCAAGAUGCUUUUAUUUACUGACAAACAUACAUCUUUCCUUCCUUGUAUUAAAUAUUGUGUUGCAAAAGCUCAUAAUCAUGUUUUUUCAUACUUUCCUGGACAUCCUAUCCACAGCUGAAAUUGUAAGUCUCACUCAUGAGAUCAGCUGAUGGAUCAGCUCCAUCCACCUCACCUUUCUUUGAGUCAGGACACUGGCAUUUCAACACUGCACUCAAAAUGCCUUAAAGCAAAUGACUUCCAUUAAGCCAUGCAGGAUGGAAUGUAGUUGAGCUGUGUCUCUCCUCCAAGCAUUGGUUGACAUCCCAAAUGGUUUGAGUGGUGUGGAGAUGAAAUGUCAGUGUACUGUUCUGCCAGUGCUCCUCCUGCAUGCAUCCUGCAGAUGUGUUUUUAAACAAACUGUAGAUAUAUAUUUUAUGGUUUUGUGCCAAUUUCAGGAAAGCCUGUUUUCUGUGCUCUGCCAGUGUGGUAACCUCUGUCAGCCUGGCUCUGAGUGGUGCUGUUAAUAUUUGAGAGAUUAUUUGGGAUCUCUGCCUUGGCUGCGCUCACUCAGGGAAGAGCUGUCCUGUGUGGAUGCUGCAGCUGCCAGAGGAGUGCACUUCUUGCCUGACAGUGUAUUUUGGAGGAGGCAGGUCUACUGGGACUAAGGGUAGCACAAAACUUUCAAAUAGCUAAUUGCUAGCCUCCAGCAGGUCCAGAGUGGACCUUUUUUUCUGUAGGUGACGAUCUUUCAGCCUCCCUGGGACAUGUCAUUCUGUUCUUGCCUUUUGGCACCAACUGUAUUUGGCCACUGCAGUGAAGGUGUGUCCCCACACCUCUGCUCAGCCUUUCCAGGUAGGAAGGAACUUGUCUUGGCAGAUCUGCCAAAUCAGAAACAGCUCUGAGUCUCUCCUGUGUUUUGGGUCUCCCUUUGCCAUUGUACAACGUCUGUUUUGCCCUUGGAGCUGGUUCUGCUGCACCAUUCCUUCCCCUUGGGGACAGUCUGUGCCAAUCAGGAGGUGACUGAUCCUCGGCUGGUAACUCUGCCUCACGCAGUUUCCAGCAACCUCCCAGGAGCUGCCCACAGACUGUCUGCUCUAAGCAGUGGAGCUGCAUGGUCAUUCCUCUUGGUGCAGGAGAAUCCUAGUGACACGCUCCAUGCUCAGCCUUCCCUAUGGGGCCCAGCUAAAUCCAGUUGUAAGAAUGUGGCUGAUGUGCUGUGGGGAUAGGGGCUCUGACAGAUCCAGGAGACAGGAAAGCCAUGUGACUGAAUACCAGACUGUGUUUGCUCUGCCUAAUUAUCAAAAGUAUGAGUUUGUUCUGCUAGGUGCACAUUAUGCCUUUAUUGUGCUGUAAUUAUGCCAGCUGCCUAUGUUUAGUGUCAUAAAAAGGAAUAAAAUGCCCAUUACCCGCCUAAAGAA